UCGUUAGUGAAGGGAACCCCCAUCUCUCUCUCUCUCUCUUUCUCUCUCUCUGAUGGAUGGCCAGGGAGGCUGAAACUUCUCAGAGUGUGCAUUAAUUGCUCUAUAAAGCCGUGACAGUGACUCUAGGCUCCUGUGGUGCCAUUUCUCUGUCUGCCCGCAGCACAAAGUGGAUUUUGUUCAGGCGCUGGAAAUUUUCGGGGUGACUCAUAGACGCGUGUGUGUGUGUGUGUGUGUGUGUGUGUGUGUGUAAGUGCGUGUGCGUGAGUAUGUGCGCGCGGAACGGAUAAAUUGAGUCGAUUCACGCGUUGGGAGGAACAAAAAAGAGACAUUUAAUCCAGAUGAUUGUUUAACCGGGGUUUGUGCAGUUUUGUGUUCCUUGGAAGAUUUUCACCUGUUUUAUGAGGCGAUAUAAAGAAGAUAAUACACCCCACAUCCUCCCACGCGCGCGCGCUCACACACACACACUCUCCCUCUCUCACACACACACACACACUCUCUCUCUCUCUCUUGUGGGUUUUCUGGAUUGUAGACUACAGAGCUGGAGAGGAAGUCUGCGACACACCUGUGAACGCAGUGUGUCCUUUGGUGUGAAAAGCGCUCAAGCUGAUGAUGAUGGCGGCUUCGGCUUCAUCCUCCUCCUCUUCCUCAGCCGCCGAAGUGGAUCAGAGCUCUGCUAAUCUGCGACCUCCAGCCUCGGUGUGUGAUGGCUGGUAUGGGGUCGCGCAUGGCUGCACCCGCAAACUGGGCAUGAAGAUCUGCGGGUUUCUGCAGAAGAACAACAGCUUGGAGGAGAAAAGCAGGAUGGUGGGAUCCUUCAGAGAGAAAGAGCAGAGUCAUAACAGGGAGAACCGGGAGAAGGAAUCACGCUUCACUCACACCGAGACUGACUUCUCCAACCUGUUCGCUCGGGAUCUACUUCCAGCUAAAAAUGGUGAAGAGCCAACAAUGCAGUUUCUCCUCGAGGUCAUGGACAUCCUCACCAAUUAUGUUCGCAAGACUUUUGACAGAUCCACCAAAGUUCUAGACUUCCACCAUCCACACCAGCUCCUGGAGGGCAUUGAGGGUUUCAACCUGGAGCUCUGUGACCAGCCUGAGUCACUCGAGCAGAUCCUUGUGGACUGCAGGGACACGCUCAAGUACGGAGUCCGAACAGGUCACCCGAGAUUUUUCAAUCAGCUCUCCACGGGACUGGACAUCAUUGGCCUGGCUGGAGAAUGGUUAACCUCUACUGCUAACACCAACAUGUUCACCUACGAGAUUGCUCCUGUGUUUGUGCUAAUGGAGCAGCUGACGCUGAAGAAGAUGAGGGAGAUUAUCGGCUGGCCAAACGGAGAAGGAGACGGACUUUUCUCGCCAGGUGGUGCCAUAUCAAACAUGUACAGCGUGAUGAUCGCCCGCUAUAAAUAUUUCCCCGAGGUCAAAACCAAAGGCAUGUGUGCUGCACCGCGCCUCAUUCUCUUUACAUCAGAACACAGUCACUAUUCGAUUGCCAAAGCUGGAGCAGCUCUGGGUUUCGGUAAAGAAAACGUCAUCCUGCUCAGCACAGACGAAAGGGGUCGAGUUAUACCUGCAGACCUGGAGGCUAAAAUCAUCAACGCUAAACAGAAGGGUUAUGUUCCACUCUUUGUGAACGCAACAGCCGGUACUACGGUGUACGGAGCGUUCGACCCCAUCAACGACAUUGCAGACAUCUGCGAGAAAUACAACGUGUGGCUUCAUGUAGACGGAGCAUGGGGUGGUAGUCUGCUGAUGUCGAGGAAGCAUCGUCAUAAGCUGAACGGUGUUGAGAGAGCGAACUCGGUCACGUGGAACCCACACAAGAUGAUGGGAGUGCCACUGCAGUGCUCAGCCAUCCUGGUCAGAGAGAAGGGAAUUCUGCAGGGCUGUAACUCCAUGUGCGCCGGAUACUUGUUCCAGCCCGAUAAACAGUACGAUGUGACGUACGAUACGGGAGAUAAAGCUAUCCAGUGUGGCAGACACGUCGACAUCUUCAAAUUCUGGCUCAUGUGGAAGGCCAAGGGCACAGUGGGGUUCGAGCAGCAUGUGGACCGCUGUCUGGAGGUCUCUGAGUAUCUCUACAACAAAAUCAAGAAUCGUGAGGGUUACCAGAUGGUCUUCCAAGGAGAGCCCCAGCACACUAACGUGUGUUUCUGGUACAUUCCGCCGAGUAUAAGGAACAUGCCGGACGGAGAGGAAAGAAGGGAAAGAUUGCACAAGGUGGCGCCGAAGAUCAAAGCGAUGAUGAUGGAGUGCGGCACCACCAUGGUGGGCUACCAGCCGCAGGGAGACAAAGUCAACUUCUUCCGCAUGGUCAUCUCUAAUCACGCUGCCACCAAGUCAGACAUCGACUUCCUCAUCGAGGAGAUCGAGAGACUCGGACAAGACCUGUGAGCGCCGUUCUUCUGGAGGGACGCUGGUACUGCAGCUCUGUUUAACACCCAGCUGUGUAAACCUGUGCUGUGUCAUUGUUUCAUGGUUUAAAUGUAGUUUUAAAAUGCACUAUAUCUAUAUGUGUCUCGUAUCAGUGAGAUAUUUAGGCCAAGUCUGCACUAACACGCAUAAAUCUGAAAACACACUUGAUUAGUUUUGGCCCCAAAACUUCCCAAACCUGAAAAACAGCACACUGAGCAUCUUUUAAUAUUUACAUUCAUAUUUAAUAUUUCUGUCAUUUUAUUAUCUCACAUAAAACAUGCAUUUUUGCACACAUCCACUAUACAAAGCAGUCAAACACACAAAAUAUCUAAUAGAUGGAAACCUAAUAGGGUGAUAUUUCCACCUCAGGCAACUUCCAGGGUUCAAUCCUGUGUUCUGUGUGGGUUUUCUCAGGGAGCAUGUUUUCUCUGAGUUUCUCAUGGUUUUCCUACUAAAUCUACAGUUUCCUCCCAGUUGGAAGGCAGAAUAGUGACACAAAAAAAACUAGGUGAGAAUGAAUGUAUGGUCCUGGGUUGCCUGAUCUUCCUGAGAUAGUGCUCAGUGUAGGUGAAUGACCAGAACAAAAUCCAGGAAGUUUACUCAUCAUGGGGUUGUUGAGAUCAUGUGACAAUCAGAUGCCUCAUCAAGCCAAAAAGAGCAUAUUUAGAUUCAUUCAUCUUGUUACAUCCUGCAUUUCCAAGUCAGAAAUGCAUGAAUAAUUUGACUCUGGGGUAACAGGAAGUAACAGGAUAACAGGAAGUAACAGCAUAACAGGAUGUUUCUCACAAAUUCACCUGCUAAGGUUAGUUAGUGAAAUCUGGGUCUUCAGAAAGCUCCUAAACAUCCAACUUGGCAAUGCAUGAAGAACAGGAAAGUUUUCCAACCUCAAAUAAAGUGCAUGCUGAAGGUGAAUGAAUUCAGAAAACGCAGAACGUUCCAUCAUCACGGAUUGGUGGAGAUCAUGUGACCAACAAGGUGUUUUCAAAUGCAUCAUCAAGCCAAAUAGAGAUUCAUCCAUUCUGAUGAAUAGUUUUCUGUAUCUAGAUCUACGAAGUCCCUAAAGUCCUGGGAUUAAUUUGUGAAAUCCAGGUCUUCUGAAAGGUCCGAAAGGUCCAACUUAUCAAUGCAUGAACGCUUUAAUAUUCAGGAAAAUCGGAAAAACAGGAAAGUUUUCUCAUUCUUACGGAUUCUCCUACAUUCUCAGUUGAGUUGAAAGUCUCUAAUCUUCCUAUUUAGAACUUUACAUUAACACACACAUGUUCAUGAAGCCAGUUGUGUCACAUCUGGGCAUGUUUAGGAGAUUUCUGACAGCCCAGAUCUCUAAAAAAGGCUUUAAAAUAGGUGUGUGUCUGUGUGUGUACACAAUGAUAACGUAAGGAAACUGGACAUUUUAGUCCAUAUUUAUUUGAAAUUGGAAAAAUUUAGGCUACAUGUCACAACUGAUUAAAAUUGUAGCACCUGUUAUAAACUAGAAAGAACCUCUAAUGUACAAACGUUUACUGUUUUCAUCCAUUUCGGGGGUCAGACAAUAGAUGGAAAGGUAAAGGAAUAUAAAACAGAUGUGUUUUCAGAUUUGCUCGUGUUAGUGUGGAUUAAAGUUUAGUGAUUUAUAAUGAUUGAAGAAACCACAAGAUUAUUAUUAUUACUAGACCUACACAUACUAAAAUACUACUAUUAAUAAUAAUAAUAAUAAUAAUAAUAAUAACAAUGUCAAUCUUUGUGUCAUGAGUGUGUAUGACAGAAACUUCUCCCUUAUACACAAUCCUCUAAAACCACAGCACUUUGUUUUAAUCUCAUUUCCCACCCAUGUAUCCAGCAUUCGUAUAUUUAUAUGAACUAUAUAAUUACGGACAUUUCCAGUGCUUGAGGUUGUAAAUAUAUAACAUAGACGAGCCAGGCGCACCACCCUUUUAACAAAGUCUGAUCUACGUCCUGUGUACGUGUGCAGUGUGCCGUCCGUGGUCGUGUUCCUUGUUGUAGGUCAGUGAGGACAAACAGCCCUGUUCCCGGAGAGCUAAACUCCCACAUGCUAAUUCAUCAGGACAGGAAGCGAGGCGUGAGACGGUGUAAAUCUCCAGGAGCAGGGCUGCUCAUCACUGCUGUAGAUCUUCCGUUUAACGAGCACCUUUGUGAGGUGAAAACAGCAUGUCUUUGGUUUCCAGCACAAAUGCUGUGUGAUAUUAACGACACGUUCAGAUGGAACUCGCCGAUCCAUGCCUUCGAAAUCAUUCCUUCAGCACUUGAGUGGAUCAAGUCAUGAGCACACUGUUGCUAGGCAACUGGGAAAAGCAGACACCAAGCGUAAAGCUGAAUAGCGAUACAUGGGAGUAAUAAUAAUUGCUGUCUUCCAGUCAGAGGUUUCAUGUCUCACUUCUGGGUUUGAUUAGUGAAAUCUGGGCUGUACGAAAAAAUCUCCAGAACUUUUUGCAUGAAUGCUUUGAGAUUUGGAACAAUAAGAACACUUUCCCAUUAUCCUGAAUUCUACAUUCAAGGUUUUGUUUGAACACUUGGGAUUUCAGGAAUUUGUCACAUUCCAAAUUCUCAAACUUGCCAAUGCAUGAAUGCUUGAAAUUGGAAUAAUGGGAUGGUGAAUAAUAUUUCUCCCAAAUUUUCCAACAUUCUGAGUUUUGUUUGGCAAAAUCUAGCUCUCAAUCUUCAAACCUCUUGAACUGUAGACUCUGUAAUGUAUCAGUGCUUUGAAAUUACCAGGAUGAAUAACAGGAGAUUUUUCCAAUUUGCCAAAAAUAUCAGGUUUGCUUAAUGAAGUGUGAGUUUUCAGCAAGCUCCCAAAGUUCCAACUCAAUGCAUUAAUGCUAUGAAAUGGGAAUAAUUGGGAAUAUUUAGUUUGUUUUGCAAAAUCUAGCUCUCAAUCUUCAAACCUCUUGAACCGUAAUGUAUCAAUGCUUUGAAAUGAUGGGCAUGAAUAACGGGAAAAUAUCAGGUUUGCUUAAUGACGUGUGAGUCUUCAGCAAGCUCCUCAGCAGUACAUGAAUGAAAUUAUAAUAAUGGGAAUGUUUACAAUUCUCCCAAAUUCUUCAAUAUGAAGGUUUUAGUUUGCAAACUUCAAACUUUAAAAUAGGCAUAAUUAAAAAAAAUUUACCCAAUUUGCCUAAAUGUUCAGGUUUGUUUAGUAAAAUAUGGGCUUUCCUCAAGCUCCAAAAGUUCAAAGUUGGAAAUUCCUGAAAAUUCGAACAACUGGAAGUUUUCUGGAAUAUUCUUCCAAAUUCUCAAACCAAAGAUGUCCUAAGAAGCCAUGCAUUAUUAUGUUUUUUUCUUGUCUUCUCGUGAUCACAGCUUAAUUUUUCGGUGUGUUCGGCAUAAGAACAUAUUCUAGAGCCACAGUAACGCAGAAUGGAUGAUUAUGUUCGCUUUUAUUUUGGUCAGUGAUUCAAUCAAACUGAAAUAUCUCUCUGUCCAUCAGUGAUGGGUGACUUCCACGUAUGGGUCCGAGACUUGAGGCUCAUACACCAUGAUAUGCACCAGAGAUUUUCUCGCAAUACAAUUACAUUGGCUUUAGUUAUGUCGAGAACACAAAAAAGAAAAAAAGUUAUAAUAACGCGUGGCCUCUUAGGACUUUCCGCGAUGUCAGAAAGUUCCUAAUCUUCCAAGUCAUAUAUUUCCAAGCACAGUGUUCACUAACCAAACAGGAAGUGAGGCAACUGUCUCCAUAAACAUGUUUAACCAAGUAAACAAUGUAUUCAAAUGGGAAAUUUUGGAUUAGACUUGACUUAUAACUGAUAUCUAUUUUAAUUCUGUUUAAUAAAAAAAACUAUGAUAGAAAUGCAAUACAUAAAUGAAUCCUAGUCAGUAUUAUAUACAAAAGCAGGUAGAUUUUCACCCAGUAAAUUAACAAUCAUGUAUAAAAGCUUUAAGUGGAAAAAAACAGAAAGUGUUUUCAAACAGAAACACUCAUUUCUAAGGCUAUUAGCUCAGCUAGCUUGCUUGUAGUCCAAAUAAAAGUCUUUAUAUUGACAAAAUAAAGUCACAGCGAUGAUGUGAGCAAAUCAGAAGUGUCAGAAAAAUGAUCAUUUACCUCAGAUGUUUUGGAAAUUAAGCCUCAGUUUAAAUGAAAAUAAUAAUUGCUAUUAAGUGUAAAUUACAAUUAGCAUACAAUCAGCUCGUGUCGCUAAACAAACGUCCACGAGUUCUGUCUUAUUUAACAAAGGCAUCACUACUCACAAACGCAGAAGCAAAAAUAUGUGCAUUAAAGCUUUUAUUUACUGUGUGACCAGGCGUGUGCUGAUACUGAAGAUUCGUCCCACAGUAAAUGCCAAACGUGUUCAUUUGCGCCAACUAGAAAAGCUUCUCCCAGCUUGCUAGCUUUGCUAAAUAGCACAUGCUAUAGAAGAGUUCCGGUUGUAGCUAGCACCUGGUUCAGAUGCAAACAAAGAAAGGAUUAGUGCUUGCUCACUAGAUAAGACUAGCUAGCAGUUCAACAGUUCAGGCUUUAAGCUAGUCAGCUAAUAAUAAAAAUUUAUUUAAAAUGUUAGUUUUGCAGCUAGCCUUUUGUUUUCAGUUUGCUAAAUAACCUGUAUGCUAAUGUAGAACAGUGUGUCAGCUUAAUGUUAGCUCGGUUACAGCUUCCUCAUUUAUCGGCACAUGCCUAAAUCGUGUAGAAACGUUUGCGAUGGCGGUAUUUUUUGAUUCGUUUGUGACGUAUCGAUGUAUCUAAAUCGACUUUCUGUAUCGAAAUUUAUGGUUUAUGGUCCAGUCGUGAAUUUGUGAGCCAAAGACGUUACACACUUUCUAUUCAGUGUUCAUUUCAGAUAAGCUGGAACUUAUACAGUAUAGACAGUAUAUUUACAAAAAAAUUGAAAAAAUCUCUAUAUAAAUAUAAAUAUAUAAACUAUAUAUAUAUAUAUGUGUGUGUGUGUGUGUGUGUGUGUGUGUGUGUGUGUGUGUGUGUAGGCCCUUUGACCUCAGUGCAAUCAGUGUGUCGUGUAUCAGUGAUAACGUCGUGUGGAAACUUCGACUGAAUGUUUUAAAAAGUCUUUCAUGAAUUAUUUAUUAUCGUGAUACGAGAAGCUUCAUCUCUGCCAUGACUUUAAAAAAAAUAAUAAUAAAAAGCACAAUUUAGAAAUUUAGAAGAAUUUGAGAUUUAGGAAAAGUUCAGAUUGUGGUAAAUAAAUACAAGAACAAUGUAAUAAAGUUUAAAAAGUUAAAAUUAAAUAAAUAAAUAAAUAAAUAAAUAAAUAAAUAAAUAAAUAAAUAAAAAUACAGACCCAGAUGUAGUUGGUUAGCUGAAGUGGAGGCUGCACAUGGAGGUCAAAGUUGAUCGAAUACAUCUGGAAUUUAAAAAAAAAAAAAUUGUUCGUUUUGUUUUUUGUUUUUUUCUGAAUUGUUCCUUUUAAAAUCUAUUCUAAAUGAUAUGAUUCUAUAAUCUUACUGUUGUAUAUAAACCUUGCAUCCAGCAGUUGUGAGACUUUGCACAAUGUUGUUUUUCCUUCUGUCUGUAAAGUGUGUGUGUGUGUGUGUGUGUGUGUGUGUGUGUGUAAUUGGUGGAUGUACAGGAGUAAAAAGGCUCCUGCUGAAGGACGGCACUUUGGCCCGCAACACGCCAUGUGAACACUGUUACGCUCCGCUGUACAGACGCUCCUGCGCAAUCUGUUAGACGUUCUAGACUCUUGUUGUCUUUCUCGUUUGUUUUUAAGAUCUCUAUCGUACAGAAAUCGAUGAAUAUAUCUACAAUAUUAUAAAAGCUAUAAUAGAGUCAACAAUAAAUUGAUCUACUGUUACUGAA